GUCAAGGAGCACAAGGAGCGCCCGCCGGCCUGCACCAAGCCCGGUCAGGAGCGCCAGGGAGCGCCCGCCGGCCUGCACCAAGCCCGGUCAAGGAGCGCCCGCCGGCGUGCACCAAGCCAGGUCAAGGAGCGCCCGCCGGCGCUGCACCAAGCCCGGACAAGGAGCGCCCGCCGGCCUGCCCAAGCCCGGUCAAGGAGCGCCUGCCCGCGUGCACCAAGCCAGGUCAAGGAGCGCCCGCCGGCGUGCACCAAGCCCGUCAAGGAGCGCCCGCCGGCCUGCACCAAGCCAGGUCAAGGAGCGCCCGCCGGCCUGCACCAAGCCCGGUCAAGGAGCGCCAGGGAGCGCCCGCCGGCGUGCACCAAGCCCGGUCAAGGAGUGCCAGGGAGCGCCCGCCGGCCUGCACCAAGCCCGGUCAAGGAGCGCCAGGGAGCGCCCGCCAGCCUGCACCAAGCCCGGCCAGGGAGCGCCCGCCGGCCUGCACCAAGCCCGGUCAAGGAGCGCCAGGGAGCGCCCGCCGGCCUGCACCAAGCCCGGCCAGGGAGCACCCGCCGGCCUGCACCAAGCCCGGUCAAGGAGCGCCAGGGAGCGCCCGCCGGCCUGCACCAAGCCCGGUCAAGGAGCGCCAGGGAGCGCCCGCCGGCCUGCACCAAGCCCGGCCAGGGAGCGCCCGCCGGCCUGCACCAAGCCCGGUCAGGAGCGCCAGGGAGCGCCCGCCGGCCUGCACAAAGCCCGGCCAGGGAGCGCCCGCCGGCCUGCACCAAGCCCGGUCAAGGAGCGCCCGCCGGCCUGCACCAAGCCCGGUCAAGGAGCGCCCGCCGGCGUGCACGAAGCCAGGUCAAGGAGCGCCCGCCGGCGUGCACGAAGCCAGAUCAAGGAGCGCCCGCCGGCCUGCACCAAGCCCGGUCAAGGAGCGCCCGCCGGCCUCCACCAAGCCAGGUCAAGGAGCGCCCGCCGGCCGCACCAAGCCCGGUCAAGGAGCGCCCGCCGGCGUGCAACAAGCCAGGUCAAGGAGCGCCCGACGGCGUGCACGAAGCCAGGUCAAGGAGCGCCCGCCGGCGUGCACCAAGCCAGGUCAAGGAGCGCCCGCCGGCCUGCACCAAGCCAGAUCAAGGAGCGCCCGCCGGCCUGCACCAAGCCAGGUCAAGGAGCGCCCGCCGGCCUGCACCAAGCCCGGUCAAGGAGCGCCCGCCGGCCUGCACCAAGCCAGGUCAAGGAGCGCCCGCCGGCGUGCACCAAGCCAGGUCAAGGAGCGCCCGCCGGCGUGCACCAAGCCCGGUCAAGGAGCGCCCGCCGGCGUGCACCAAGCCAGGUCAAGGAGCGCCCGCCGGCGUGCACCAAGCCAGGUCAAGGAGCGCCCGCCGGCGUGCACCAAGCCAGGUCAAGCGAGCGCCCGCCGGCGUGCACCAAGCCAGGUCAAGGAGCGCCCGCCGGCGUGCACCAAGCCAGGUCAAGGAGCGCCCGCCGGCGUGCACCAAGCCAGGUCAAGGAUCGCCCGCCGGCGUGCACCAAGCCAGGUCAAGGAGCGCCCGCCAGCGUGCACCAAGCCAGGUCAAGGAGCGCCCUCCGGCGUGCACCAAGCCAGGUCAAGGAGCGCCCGCCGGCGUGCACCAAGCCAGGUCAAGGAGCGCCCGCCGGCGUGCACCAAGCCAGGUCAAGGAGCGCCCGCCGGCGUGCACCAAGCCAGGUCAGGAGCGCCCGCCGGCGUGCACCAAGCCAGGUCAAGGAGCGCCCGCCGGCGUGCACCAAGCCCGGCCAGGAGCGCCCGCCGGCCUGCACCAAGCCCGGUCAAGGAGCGCCAUGGAGCGCCCGCCGGCCUGCACCAAGCCCGGCCAGGGAGCGCCCGCCGGCCUGCACCAAGCCCGGUCAAGGAGCGCCAGGGAGCGCCCGCCGGCCUGCACCAAGCCCGGUCAAGGAGCGCCAGGGAGCGCCCGCCGGCCUGCACCAAGCCGGCCAGGGAGCGCCCGCCGGCCUGCACCAAGCCCGGUCAAGGAGCGCCAGGGAGCGCCCGCCGGCCUGCACCAAGCCCGGCCAGGGAGCGCCCGCCGGCCUGCACCAAAGCCCGGUCAAGGAGCGCCCGCCGGCCUGCACCAAGCCCGGUCAAGGAGCGCCCGCCGGCGUGCACCAAGCCAGGUCAAGGAGCGCCCGCCGGCGUGCACGAAGCCAGAUCAAGGAGCGCCCGCCGGCCUGCACCAAGCCCGGUCAAGGAGCGCCCGCCGGCCUCCACCAAGCCAGGUCAGGAGGAGCGCCCGCCGGCCAGCACCAAGCCCGGUCAAGGAGCGCCCGCCGGCGUGCAACAAGCCAGGUCAAGGAGCGCCCGACGGCGUGCACGAAGCCAGGUCAAGGAGCGCCCGCCGGCGUGCACCAAGCCAGGUCAAGGAGCGCCCGCCGGCGUGCACCAAGCCAGGUCAAGGAGCGCCCGCCGGCCUGCACCAAGCCAGGUCAAGGAGCGCCCGCCGGCCUGCACCAAGCCAGGUCAAGGAGCGCCCGCCGGCCUGCACCAAGCCAGGUCAAGGAGCGCCCGCCGGCGUGCACCAAGCCAGGUCAAGGAGCGCCCGCCGGCGUGCACCAAGCCCGGUCAAGGAGCGCCCGCCGGCGUGCACCAAGCCAGGUCAAGGAGCGCCCGCCGGCGUGCACCAAGCCAGGUCAAGGAGCGCCCGCCGGCGUGCACCAAGCCAGUCAAGGAGCGCCCGCCGGCGUGCACCAAGCCCGGUCAAGGAGCGCCCGCCGGCGUGCACCAGCCAGGUCAAGGAGCGCCCGCCGGCGUGCACCAAGCCAGGUCAAGGAGCGCCCGCCGGCGUGCACCAAGCCAGGUCAAGGAGCGCCCGCCGGCGUGCACCAAGCCAGGUCAAGGACGCGCCCGCCGGCGUGCACCAAGCCAGGUCAAGGAGCGCCCUCCGGCGUGCACCAAGCCAGGUCAAGGAGCGCCCGCGGCGUGCACCAAGCCAGGUCAAGGAGCGCCCGCCGGCGUGCACCAAGCCAGGUCAAGGAGCGCCCGCCGGCGUGCACCAAGCCAGGUCAAGGAGCGCCCGCCGGCGUGCACCAAGCCAGGUCAAGGAGCGCCCCGCCGGCGUGCACCAAGCCAGGUCAAGGAGCGCCCGCCGGCGUGCACCAAGCCAGGUCAAGGAGCGCCCGCCGGCGUGCACCAAGCCAGGUCAAGGAGCGCCCGCCGGCGUGCACCAAGCCAGGUCAAGGAGCGCCCGCCGGCGUGCACCAAGCCAGGUCAAGGAGCGCCCUCCGGCGUGCACCAAGCCAGGUCAAGGAGCGCCCGCCGGCGUGCACCAAGCCAGGUCAGGAGCGCCCGCCGGCGUGCACCAAGCCAGGUCAAGGAGCGCCCGCCGGCGUGCACCAAGCCAGGUCAAGGAGCGCCCGCCGGCGUGCACCAAGCCAGGUCAAGGAGCGCCCGCCGGCGUGCACCAAGCUAG